AUGGAAACUUGCGAAAAUCAUCACAAAAAAAUGAAUCAACUUCCCGAAGAUUUGAUCUUUUCAAUUUUUCUCUAUUGUCCCAAGACUAGUGAUGUAGCAAAUUUGCUACAAUUGAAUAGACAUUGGUUGGGUGUGGCAAGAUAUGAAGCCUUGUGGCGGAUGAGGUUUGCAUUCCAUUUAUCGGAUAGAAUUAAGAGUGAGGAGGAAAGAUUGGCCGAUAAUCAACAAGCCUUGUCAACUUCUAGAUCAAAGGGAACAAUUAGAAAAUUAAAAUUACUUGCAAAGAGUCAUGUUGAUGAGGCUGAAAAAUUGUACACCAGAGAGAAGGUUUGUGAACACGGAGGAGAUGAUGAUAGAGAACAAGGUAUUGAUUUUUAUACUGGAUUCCGUUUCUAUACAAUCUUUAAAAAGGAAAUUGAAGGUUUAAGAAUUGGAAAAAUGACUGAGAAACUGAUGGAGCUCAUAUCUUGUAAUUAUGAAAGGACUAAUUAUGCAGUUAAUGAUGAGAAUAUUUUGACUGAUGAAAACCCAUUGAAAAAGAAAUGGAAACGGUUUAUUGACUUUGUUGAUUCCAAUUUGGUGCCAGACUCAGAGUCUGCUAUCACAGAUCAAUAUUACAUGUUACAAAAAAAUUGUACAGCUCAGUUUGCAACCAAAUUUGAGGCAGAUUUAUCCUCAAUGAUGAAAAAAUUGAGAAAGUAUUUUUUCAAACUUUCAAAACCUAAAGAAGAACUCUAUCAAGAAUUUAACAAUGCAGUUGCAAAUAUUUUGGAGCCAGUGAGGAUACUGACAGACACCUCAAAAUACAAGUAUCCUAUUGAUGCUUACAAAUGCCUUCCUGUAGCUGUUGAAUCUAUGAAUUUUGAUUUGGUACACUCACUUCUCGUUUCCAUCAAGGAUGAUUGUAAAAGAACUGAUUCUGAAAGACAAUAUCGUGACAUUUCUGUGAAGAACGGAGAUGCACUUGAUUUUUGCAAAAAAUUAAUGACGUCAUUUAUGAACAAAUCCUAUCCAGUGGAAAAUAUUAUGUAUUUCUUGAAUAGUAUGGUUGUGAUUUUUCCAUCCUUGAUGCAUGAAUUGAGGAAUAAGAACCAUGCCAAGUUUAAAUGUGAUGAAGAUUUAUUGGCCAACUCAAUAAUUGAUUGUAGAAAUUACUAUACAGGUAUGGAACUUUCUAUGGAGCUCUUCGAGAAGGCAAUUAGAGGUAUGUAG